AUGGUAGUGACUGUAGCUCUCUUUGAUGCACAGGUGCCUCUCUGUUGGUUCGAAAUGAGUUCGAGGGCUGCUCCAAAGUCUAAGGGGAAAAACGUCUCUCAGGGCGGCUCUAACCCAGAGGUUGAACAGUUGGUGCAAGGUGUUGCAGGGACGAAACUGGCUCCUUCACAACAUGAUGGAGGAGAGUGGGAGGUCAUUUCGAAAAAGAACAAGAGCAAACCUGGAAAAUCUUGGGCUUCUCAUAACCAGAACCCUCCUAGAGCUUGGGGUGGUCAGCAACAGGGGAGAGGCAAUAAUGUAUCUGGGAGAGGUAACGGCAACGGUUGGGGAAGACAAGCUACUGAUUCGAGGGUCUCUACUGGUCGGGGACAAGCAAUGAACCGAGGCUAUGACAACAGCUACGCGGCUCCGCCACCUGUGUCACGCGCUCCUUUGGAAGGAGGAUGGAAUUGGCAGUCUAGAGCAGGCUCUGCUCAGCACACAGUUGUGGAGGAAGUUCCGGACGUGGAGGACGAUGCCUCUGAGGAAGAGGAUGACUGCGAUGGUAUGGACGAUUCUGAUGAAGACCUUGCGAGCGAUGAUUAUGACUCGGAUGUGAGUCAACAGAGCCAUGGGACACGGAAGAAGAAUAAAUGGUUCAAGAAGUUUUUCGACAGCUUGGAUAGCUUGUCUAUCGAGCAGAUUAAUGAACCACAGAGGCAGUGGCACUGCCCAGCUUGUCAGGGCGGACCUGGUGCUAUUGACUGGUACAACCUGCAGCCACUUCUUGCUCAUGCGAGGACGAAGGGAGCUAGACGCGUUAAGCUCCACAGGGAACUGGCUGAAGUUCUAGACAUGGAUCUGCAGAUGAGAGGAGCAUCGGUCAUUCCGUCUGGUGAGAUUUACGGGCAGUGGAAGGGUUUGUGUGAGGAGGAAAAAGAUCGUGAGAUUGUCUGGCCGCCAAUGGUUAUCAUCAUGAACACCAGACUUGACAAAGACGAUAAUGAUAAGUGGGUAGGUAUGGGCAACCCAGAGCUACUGGAAUACUUCAACGAAUAUCCUGCUACUAAGGCACGCCAUUCCUAUGGCCCUCAGGGUCAUCGUGGGAUGAGUGUGUUGAUAUUUGAGAGCAACGCCACUGGCUACUUUGAGGCUGAACGCCUUCACAAGGACUUAGCUGAGCAAGGGUUAGAUAGGAACGCCUGGGACCGUCGUCGCAGUUGGUUUUCCGGAGGUGUUCGCCAACUGUUUGGCUUCAUGGCUACCAGGCAAGAUCUGGACGACUUCAAUAAGCACUGUCAAGGCAAAACCAGGCUGAAAUACGAGAUGAAAUCAUACAACGAGUAUGUUGUGAAGGAGCUGAGGCAGAUCGCUGAGGACAAUCAGAAGCUAAACUGGUUGAAGACCAAGCUCGCUAGAGAGACCAAGCACACCAAGUUGCUUGAGGAGAAUGUGGGGAUUUUGAGCGAUAAGCUGCGUAAAACAGAAAAGGAGAAUCGUAUCGUGAGACAGAGAACAAAGAUGCAGCAUGAGCAGAACAGAGAAGAGAUGGAUUCACAAGACAGGUUCUUUAAAGAUACAAUCAAACAGAUACAUGAGAAUAGAGAUGCAAAGGAGGAGAACUUCGAGAUGUUGCAGCAGGAGGAACGUGCUAAGGUUGUUGAGCAGCAGCAGAAGCACGCUAAUCCCUCUAGCAAAGAUGAGUUACGAAAGAGAGCUGAGGAGGUGUCAAGCUUCAUAGAGUGUCAAGAGAAAGAGAUGGAGGCGUUUGUGGAGGAGAGGGAGAAGCUGAUAGAAGAGCAGGAGAAGAAGAUGGCAGAGAUGAAGAAGAGGCAUUUUGAGGAAGUGCUUGAACUGGAGAGAGAGUUUGAUGUGUCUUUGGAGCAGCUCAUGAACAAGCACGGCCUUCACGAUGCAGAUGACUGAGACACAAGACUGGUUUUCAUGUUUUGCUUCUGGUAAGUCGGCGAAUCUAAUGAGGAGAGACUUGGGAGAAAGACUAUUUUGUUCUCCAUUUUAGUAGAAUAAUUUUUAAGGAGACUUUGAUUGAGACUAUUAUUAUCCGGAAGCCAUUACAGUAGUACUCUAUUUCAUGUGACCAAAACGAAGUUUGAGUAGUAUAUUUUGUUUUCAUGAAAGUUUACUCUAAAUCAUCCGAAUCUUAACCAAUUCCAUUCUUUUUAG